CCAACAUUAUUUUUAUUCAUUUAGAGUUAAGAGUUAACGCCAUUGUUGUGGACCUGGAGUCAUGGGUGGGCUAGGACAGGUAGUGAUGGCACAUUUUCUCCCUUAAUAGACUUUACUGAACAAGAUGGGUUUUUACAUUUGACCAAGGUUACAUGUUUACCAUUAGUUUAGCUUUUUAUUCCAGAUUGUUUUUGAUUUCACGUUUCACCAGUUGCCAUUGUAGAAUUCAAGCCUACAUCCCUAGAAUGAUAUGAACUGAAAGAACUGUGGAUGCUGUAAAUCAGGAACAAAAACAAAGUUGCUAGAAAAGCUCAACAGGUCUGGCAGCAUCUGUGGAGAGAAAUCAAGUGACCCUUCCUCCAAACUGAUGAUAGCUAGGAAAAUGUUGGUUUAUACGCAGAAGAUAGGGUGAGGGAGGGUGUAAGGAGUAAACGAUAGGUGGGGAUAAAGCCCAAAGAGAGAGAAACAGUUGGACAGACAAAGGAAUGGAUAACAAUCUGGCUAGGUGGGUGAAUAGCUAUUAGUGGGACUGUUAGCGGCUACAAUGAGUUAUGUGUAAUAGCAGUCUAUGUGAUAACAAGAUCUGGUGUGUGGGACUUGGGAUAAGGACAUGGGAGAGUCUAAGUCAUAAAGUUACUGAUACUGAGUCCAGAAAGCUGCAGGGUGCCCAAGUGGAAAAUGUGGUGAUGUUCUUUCAGCUUGCACUGAGCUUUGCUGGAGCAGUGCAGCAAUCCUGAGACAGAGAUGUUGGCCAGGGAAUAUGGGUAGUGUGUUAAGUGGCAGGCAACUGGAAGCUCAUGGUCUUUUUUUUGUGUGGACAGAACUUAGGUGUUCUGCGAAGCUGUUGCCCAAUCUAUGCUUCAUUUCCCCAACGUACAGGAGACCACAUUGUGAGCAGCAAAUGCAGUAGACUAGAGUGCGGAAAGUGCAGGUAAAGUGCUGCUUCACCUGGAAGGUAUGUUUGGGCCCUUCGAUCCUGGGGACAGAGGAGGUAAAUGGACAGGUUUUACAUCUUCUGCGGUUGCAGGGAACGUGCCACAAGGUUGGGGGAGGGACGUCUUGGGAGUGAAGGAAGAGCGGACUAGGGUGUCCCGAAGGGAACGGUCCCUGUGGGAAGGCUGACAAUGGAGGAUAUCGGGAAUAUGUGCCUCGUUGUGGCAAAAAUGGCAGGUAAUAAUUCUAAUUAUUAUUUUACUGAUGCCAUGCAUUUGUGCGAUGAGGGUGUCGCUGGCUAGGCAGCAUUCCUAAUUGUCCAGAGGGCAGUUAAGAGUCAACCACAUUGCUGUGGGUCUGGAAUCACAUGUAGGCCAGACUAGGUAAGGAUGGCAGUUUCCUUCCCUAAAGGACAUUAGUGAACCAGGUGGGUUUUUGGAUGGAAACUGGCAAUAAAACAGCUGCCUGCUUCAGUGGCUCCUUCUUUGGGUUUUAAGAACAGCAAGCAGUAAGAAAAGCCCUGAAAAACACAUACACUCCAAAAGCUUAAAACUAGGAGCAAAUUACUGCAGAUGUUGGAAUCUACACUGGAAACAAAAGAUGCUGGAAAUCACAGCGCGUCAGGCAGCAUCCAUAGAGAGAGAGCAAGCUAAUAUUUCGAGUCUAGAUGACUCUUCAUCACAGUGCUCCAUUUCGAGAGCUUAAAACUGUAUUUUUUAAGCAUUGAUUUCAAAUGUUAUUGUAUGCCACACUACAGGAAAUUGAAAUAUACUCUGCCUUUCUGCUGAAACUCCAGCACAAUAAAAUUAUGCUCUGUCACAUAUACCAUCUCUCACGUUGAAAGGCUUCGUCUAUUCAAGUGAAUGUAGUAGAUCGGUGAACGUAAUAUGGCACUACUUUAUAGAAGAAAUGAGUUAUUCCCGUGGCCAGAAUGUAUCCCUCAGUAAACAUAUCACAUUGCUGUUUGUGAUAACAAGGUGUAGAGCUGGAUGAACACAGCAGGCCAAGCAACAUCAGAGGAGCAGGAAAACUGACGUUUCGGGUCUGGACCCGUCUUUGGAAAUUGCUGUUGUGGUAGCUUGCUGUGUGCAAAUUAGUGGCUGCAAUGUUUUACAGCAGUAACUACACUUGAAAGUACUUCGUUGAAAAGUGCUAUAUAAAUGCAAGUUUUCCUCCUUCUUCCCCACCUUGACUGAGUGGUAAACCUCAGCGAGAGGAUGGUUUCUUUGUCGGACGUGGGUUCACCUGGGCACAGACGGCGCCAACUCAAUUAAUCCGGAACAAAGCAAAAAGAACAAAUGCUGCAAAACUAACCACAACGUAACGAAGCAACACAACGACAUUGCGUGCGAAAAAAAAACCAAACUGAACAAGGACGAAGCAGCUGCUCCAUCGCUUGGCGAGUUUGUAACUGUGGAGGAGUGAAGUUAGCUCGGAAGGGAAUGUUUCGGGGUUGUUUCCUGUGGCAUUCAGCCGAUCCCUGAGGUUACUUCGUAUGGGAGGGAGUGCAGCUCGCUGUAUUAGUGCUGGCCUCUCUCUCCAGUCUCGACACCGCAGUAAGGGGCUGAUAGUGGCGGCCGCCCAGGCUAUGGGAAUGGGGGGCAGCGGCAGAGUGAGCCUAGGGAGCCUGCCCUUCGACAACGUGGCUCUGCGCUCGCUGCCCCUCGACCCGUCCCAGGAGAGCGGCUCUCGCCAGGUACCGGCCGCCUGCUUCUCCAGGGUCCGCCCGGCUCCCCUCCACCAACCCCGGCUGGUCGCCUACUCGCUGCCGGCCCUGGAGCUCCUGGGGCUGCAGCAGGACGAGCUGCAGAGCUCGGAGCUGGAGCUGGCCGAGUACUUCAGCGGGAACCGGGAGCUGCCGGGCUCCGAGCCCGCCGCCCACUGCUAUUGCGGCCAUCAGUUCGGUAACUUCGCCGGGCAGCUAGGGGAUGGAGCGGCUAUGUACCUGGGGGAAGUGGUUAACAGCCAGGGACAGAGGUGGGAGCUACAGAUCAAAGGAGCUGGACCGACCCCUUACUCCAGGUCAGGAACACAAACUAGGGCAGGUCUGUUAGGCCGUCUCUACUCUCUGUUAGGCCUUUUCUUUUACUGUGUGCGUUGACUCUUGGAGGCCGAUUACAAAGACCUAUUGGGGCUUGUAAGCCCCAGUGUAAGGGGCGAUUAUGAGCUUCACUCUAAACUAAAUUCCUUCCGUUUUCUUCCUCCACGCCUGUUUUUCAUUUUUUUAAAAAAACAAAAUCACUCUUUAUAACGCAUGGAACUUAUUUUUGUAGAUAUUUGUGACUAAGUGGCGCUUAUCCUGCUGAGUAACUAUCUUGCAGCAGAGUUGUCUGUUUCAGAUAAGUACAGAGUUUAGGGCAGAAUGUAUUUCUGCCGUUAAACCCUGAUAACUCCUCGUUCCUGGGCCUUCAAUUUUAAAACGUUCGCUUUCCUUUCACAGGCAUCACUGCUGCCUGCUCAGCCUUACUGGGGAGGCCACAAUGGCUAACACUUGGGCCUCUGAGCUAGAAGCCUCAGAGCCUAAUGUCUGCCAGGAAGGUGCAUUCAUAUUAAUGAACCUAAUCCUGUCAAUGGGAGACGUUAAGGCAAGGAGAGAUUCCGGGUCAACCAUGCGUUGGAAACAAAGUUGGAGCCUCGACCAUCGCCAUCCCUAGUUUGACCGCAACAUGCAUAUAAAAGUGCAUGGUGCCAUAGAAAUGCAGAAUCCCUGAGUGAUGUGUAACAUAUCAAACCUGAUAGCCCCUCUGCACCUUCCAUUGUGAACCUGUUCUAGAUGUGUACACAAUUGCAUCACCCCUCACCCCAGUCACAUCAUUGCUGUGCCUUCUGUGAUGCUAUUGCAUUCAGCCACCUCAGCCCCACACACUGUAUUUGGUGCCUAAGCACUUGAGCCUCUCCAUCUCCUCCUCUUCAAAGAGCACACAUCAAAACCCAUGUCAUUCACUGAGCUUUUGGGCAAACCUUUCAAACACUGGCAUUUGCACAUCAUUUAAUUCAGGUUUUGCCUUUGUGUGUGUUGCUUUGUUAAAAUGAUGUACAAAUUUGUUGGCACACAAUGCAUCUGUUUUGAGCA